CCACGGACGGAGCACAGAACCUUUCGUCGGCAACCGUCGGCGGUGGGCUAACGUCAUUCUAAGCUUAGCCGUUGUCAGGAUCGGACGGAAGCCGCCGCUGUGUCGGACACCACCGCCGGCCGAACCUGCUCGUUCGCGAAGUCGCGCACGACGAGGACUUGCGGUGCACUGGAGGAGUCGGAGAUGGGUGGUGAUGGUGGGUAGAGGAAGGUAGUCGCUGUCGCCAUCGCUCGCGCGAGACCAGCCGGUCAAUGGACGCUGGCAGCAGUUUGUAGUCGUGCUCCGGCCGUGCCGCGGGCAAGUCGUCGCAAUCGCAAUAGGAUCCGCUGUGAAAGCUCAGGGGAUCAUCACCAACCGCCCCGAACAACGGCGCUGGAGAUGGCGUUGGUGCCAGGCGCUGUGAAGAGUAGUUACCGGGCAGAAAGGAAGAGUUGCAGUGUGAACAGUUGCAGUGUGUAAAUCAAGGAACAAUGAACGAUUGCAGUGUGCAAGUUGUUGUGCAGGUAGACGCGACAGACCGUAGUAGUAGUAGUAUACCGUUUUGGAAGCAUUUCCGUCCGUUAUCUGUUUUCGAUUGUUUUUUUUUCUUCUAAACACUGUCCUGUGUUAGUUCUCACAAAGUGCCUCCAGUAGCCGACAGUGCUUUUCCGUACUACCCACACCGUGUAUGCCUUUUCAAAAAAACACUCGAAAAACACGUUAGAAAGUCAGAGUGGCGUGAUCGCUCACAGUUUGAUAUGGUCAAACCACCACGAACCCUGAAUGUUAAGUUUUAUCGCGUCGUUACGAGUCGUUUGAAGCGAUGAGAUCCAGGAUCUUCAACGUAAGGUUGAGUUUUCGUUUGUAACUGUUUUGCGGUAAUUUUCGUUUGCCACACAAGUGUACUUAAGACUCGGCUCGAAAAGUCGGCAACUUAGUUAGUUUUUUUUUAUUGUUGUUGUUGUCCGCGACUUAGUCCGCGACAUAGACCCCUCUACGAUUACGGCGUUGCGAGAACGCAAGCACUUCUUCGCGCAAACUUUGAACGCGGCGGUGAUCGCGGUGAAAUUUCUUCGCUACAAAACUUUUGGAGUUGUGUGAUUGUAUGUGUGCGCGUGUGUGUUUAUGUUUUCUGGCAUCCCAAGCCUCCUCCCGUCCAGCUGCUAGAAACGCACCAGAGAAAGGAAGGGAGAGGAAGCCACACAACUAUUCGACGCGCACACUUUGUCCCACAUCGAUUCCGUGACGUCCACCAACAACUACAACAACAACAACAACGAGCCCCAAAAGCUGCAGAGUGCCUUCAAUAUAUUCGUUCCGUUGUUGUUAUAGCGCGUUUGUUGAUCGCAAGCUGUUAGACAGCUGGCCACCAGGACGACGGUGGCCUUGUUGCAAAAAACCCCCCGGAAUUCCCGCGAGCAGCCUUUCCGGAUCCGCAAAAAGGCCCCAAUUUUGCACCUACCACCACACAAACGUGCCUUUCGUUAUUGAGCCGUUCGUUUUUUGUUGGUUCUGUUUUGUUUCGGUAACUUCAUUUUGUUGGAGUGGGGGAGUACUGCGAGGACACAUCUUCUCGCAGCUCGCAAAUCCCUUCUCUCUCUCUCUAUCUCUCGGCCGCGAUCUCCUAACUCUCCUACACGCUCGCGCGCGUCUGUUGCGGUUUUUUGCCUGGACGAGUUGAUGCAGAGCAACCAGCGCAAUCACAGGCACAGGCACACACUCACUACUCACAACAGUGUGUUUGCUGCCUGCCCACCGUUCAACAUCGCAAGUAGGCGCCGCCGUUGCGCCCCGCAGCAGUAGAGCAACAGGACGCGGACAGGCAAGACGUUCCCGGUUUGUGCCUUGGGUAUUUUCGAACGCUUCUAAGUUCCUCGCACGGACGACGCCAAAGUCCUCUCACAUCCGUGCGCUACCCCUCCGUGUGUGUGUGUAUGUGUGUGUGCAUUUGACCCGUGUGUCGGUGUGCGUGUGUUAAUAGUUAUAAUAGACAUUUUGCUGUAAGAAAUUCGUCCGGAGACAGAGAGGGAUCUCAGGAUGGAGCAACUGGUGCCGACAGACGACGACGUGGACGACUGCACCGCUAGAGCAGCCACCACCAUAGCAGCAGCUCGGGCCGGAGAAUGUCCACACUUUCCCUCCGGAUCAGCCUCGAGGGAGGCCGGGUGACAAAGACGAUCCAGUUCGACCCGAGCACGACCGUGUUCGAUGCGUGUCGCAUCAUCAAGGACAAGUUCGCGGAGGCGGUACAGGGGCAGGCGCAGGAGUUUGGCCUCUUCCUAGCGGACGAUGACACCCGGCAGGGCGUGUGGCUGGAGCCGGCCCGCAACCUGGGCUACUACAUGCUGCACAACCACGAUGUGCUCGAGUACCGACAGAAGCACCGGACGCUGCGCGUGCGCAUGCUGGACGGUGCGGUCAAGACGAUCCUGGUCGACGAUUCGCAGCCGGUGUCGCAGCUGAUGGUGGUGAUCUGCACAAAGAUUGGCAUCACCAACCACGAGGAGUACGGGCUGGUGCGCGAAGACCCGGAGGCGCAGAACGAGAACCAGCCCGACAAUCGCUCCAACACCGGCACGCUCACGCUGCGUCGCAAGGCGCAGGAGAAGGAGCGGGACGCGAAGAUGGAGAGCUUGCGGAAGAAGCUGCGCACGGACGACGAGAUCAACUGGGUGGACGUGGGCAAGACGCUGCGCGAGCAGGGCAUCGACGAACAGGAGACGGUGCUGCUGCGGCGCAAGUUCUUCUAUUCCGACCAGAACAUCGAUUCGCGCGACCCGGUACAGCUGAACCUGCUGUACGUGCAGGCGCGCGAUGCCAUCCUAGACGGGACGCACCCGGUCACGCAGGACAAGGCGUGCGAGUUCGCCGGCAUACAGGUGCAGAUCCAGUUCGGGGACCAUAACGAGGCGAAACAUAGACCCGGAUUCCUGGAUUUGCGAGAGUUUCUACCUGCCUCGUACGUGCGCACGAAGAACAUUGAGCGGAAAAUAUUCGCCGAACACCGGAAGCACGUCGGGCUGUCCGACCUGGACGCGAAGUACGAGUACACCAAGACGGCCCGCGAGCUGCCCACGUACGGUGUGACGUUUUUCCUGGUGAAGGAGAAAAUGACCGGCAAGAACAAGCUCGUGCCCCGGCUGCUGGGCGUCACCAAGGACUCGGUGCUGCGGUUGGACGAGACGACGAAGGAGAUCCUGAAAUCGUGGCCGCUGACGACCGUGCGCCGGUGGGGCGCGUCGCCCAACACGUUCACGCUCGAUUUCGGCGAUUACGCCGACUCGUACUACUCGGUGCAAACGACGGAAGCGGAACAGAUCGUGCAGCUGAUCGCCGGCUACAUCGACAUCAUCCUGAAGAAGAAGCAGGCAAAGGACCACUUCGGCAUCGAGGGCGACGAGGGCUCCACCAUGGUGGAGGAAAGUGUCGCACCGUCAAAAGCUACCUUCCUGCAGCACGAGGAGACGAACAAAGGUGGCAAGGUGGAAACCCAUUCCAUCGCUAAGCCCGCCAUCAUGCGCGGAACUGACGGUGAACGGUCGUACGGUACUGGCGAGAUGCAAUCGAUACAGUACGGUGCCAUCGUCGGUCAGGUCAACCUGGCACACCAGCCACCGAUGUUGCAGCAAACGCGCAUCAGUUCGGUACUGUCCGAGCCACAGCGUGCACUGCUCGGGUACAUUUCCGCCGGUCAGGAUGCGCUCAACCGGGCGGAGAAGGAUCUGGAGAGCAAGGUGCAGCUGCCACCGCUCGGUACCGAUCCGGGCUCGUUGCAGUGGCGCGAGGAAACGCUCGACACGUCGAAGCAAACCGUCACGACGCAUCUGGCCACGAUGAAUGCGGCGACGGCGCAGGUCGUGACCGCGUCGCAGCCGGACGAGAUCGACCACGAGGCGGUCGGUGCGGCCGUGUCGCAGAUCACGCAGAGCAUCCCGGAGGUGACGAAAGAGGUGCGACUGAUUGCCGCCCUGAUGGAUGAUGACUGUACCGGCGAUAAGCUGCUGGAAGCGACGCGCAAACUGUGCAAUGCGUUUAGCGAUCUGUUGCGCUCGGCCGAGCCGGAAAGCAAGGAGCCGCGCCAGAACCUGCUGAAUGCGGCGACGCGUGUCGGUGAGGCGAGCGGACAGGUGCUGAGCACGAUCGGCGAGGAGAGCGUGGAGAGCCGCGAGCUGCACGAUAUGCUGCUCGGGCUGGCGAAGGCGGUCGCCAACACGACGGCCGCGCUGGUGCUGAAGGCGAAAUCGAUCGCGGCCGUGACGGAGGAUGAGGCAACUCGCAACAAAGUUAUCGGAGCGGCAAGUCAGUGUGCUCUGGCCACCAGCCAGCUGGUGGCGUGUGCCCGUGUCGUCGGUCCCACCAUUCAGAGUCCGGCCUGUCGGGAGCAGCUGGAAGCGGCAGCGCGUGAGGUCGCUAAAGCCGUCGCUCACCUGGCGGAAGUGUGCAACGAGGCGACGGACAAUCAGCAGCUGCGUGGCGACCUGACGGCAGCGGCGAAGGACGUCUCCAAGUCGCUGACCGAUCUGCUCGAGCACAUCAAGCUGAGUGCGCGUGAGAAGGCACGCCGCGUGGAGAACGAGAACCCUGUGGAUAAUGUACUGGUAGCGACGGACAUUCUUGUUUCGUCGUCCGACCCGCAGGAGAUGAUCCGGCAGGCGCAGCAGCUCGGCAAAGCAACGGCCCAGCUCAUCCAGAGCAUCAAGGGCGAGGCGGAAAGUCAGCACGACUCGAACAUGCAGCGCAAGCUGCUCGAGGCCGCCAAGCAACUGGCCGACGCUACGGCACGGAUGGUGGAAGCGGCCCGGCUGUGUGCCGGCAACCCGCACGAUUCGGGCCACCAGGAGAUGUUGCGCACCGCGGCGGAGGAGCUGCGCGUCAUCACGACAUCGACGGCAAACACGCCCGCCAUCAAGCGGCAGCUGAUUGGACGGCUGGAACAGUGCGCCAGACAGGCGGCCUCGUCCGCCACGCAAUGCAUAACGGCGGCCCAGAACUCGCUCAUCCACAGCAACGAUGUGCAGACGAAGGAGAUCCUGCUGCAGGACUGUCAGGCGGUGGCCGACCAGAUUCCCCGGCUAGUGGCGGGUGUAAAGGGCACGCAUGCGCGUCCGGACGACCCGAACGCGCAGCUGUGCUUGAUCGAUGCCGCCGAGAUGUUCCUCGAGCCAGGCGCACAGAUGGCCGGUUCGGCACGCGAACUACAGCCAACCGUUAUGGACCAGGCGGCCGGGCAGCAGCUGGGACGCAGCUCCGUUAACUUGACACACGCCAUCCACGAUCUGCGGCUGGCGGCCCAUCGUGCACGGGAGGCAUGCGGUGGCAACGAGCUGGACGCUGCGCUGGAAGCGGUCCGCAACCUGCGCAGCGUGCUGAGCGACACACGCCGCGCCGCCCAGGAAGGAAGUCUGCGUCCGCUGCCGGGCGAGACGGCAGACAGUUGCUUCAAGCAGCUGGCUGCCGCUAGCAACGCGGUCGACGUUUCGAUGCAUCAGCUGAUGAGCGCCGCCCAGCAGGGCAAUCGAACGUACGCAGGAGUCGCCGGUCGCGACACUGCUCUCGCCCUGGGCGAUUACACCAAGAGUGUGCGCGGGGUGCUUGUAACUACAAAGAAUCCUGCCGUGGUCGAUUGCGCCGACGAGGUGAUUGUGGAUUCGCUGCGCGUGAUUGAGGAAGCGCAACGAACGCUUCAGAAUCUGGACAACCAGGAGGCGCUGCUGAUUGCGAUCAAGCGCACGAAACAUUCGCUCGGUCGCACGAUCGACUGUCUGCCGGGUGUGAAGGACAUCAACGAGGCGUUCGAGACAGUAACGGAUCUGCGCAGCAUUCUCGAUACGGGCGAGUAUCCACCGUCGGAUCGUCCGUAUGGGCAGCUGCAAAACGAGUUGAAAUCGGCCGCUGAUCAGUUGAACGUAGCCGGCGGACAGGUGGCACAAUCGUACGACAGUUCCAUCAAGCUGGCCGGCACAAGCCAGGAGUUUUGUCACGCCUACAAAGAGCUGCUAACGGUGACGCUCGAAAUGGCAGGCCAAACGGCGGAGGAUCGUGCCCGGGAAGAGAUCGUCAACUCGCUGCGCGGCGUUUCGAACCAGUCGAUUAGUCUGCUGGGCACGGCUCGCUACGUUGCGGGCGACCCAGACCGUCCGAAUGCGAAGAACGAGCUGUCCUCUGCGGCACGGCUGGUGACGGAAAGCAUCAACCGGCUGGUGGACGUAUGCACGCAGGCCGCCCCAGGUCAGAAGGAGUGUGAUGGCGCGAUACGCAGCAUUGAAUCGCUGCGGCCGUUGCUGGAGUCACCCCAGGAGUCGCUGACCGAUCAGGGUUACUUCGACUGUCUCGACACGGUGCUGGAGAAAUCGCGCACACUCGGCGAAGGCAUGACGGGCAUCGCGAACAACGCGAAGAACUCGAAGCACGUUGAGUUUGGUCACUCGGUCAACUCGGUGUCGGAGUCGAUCCGUGGUCUGAUCGAGUCUGCCGCACAGGCCGCGUAUCUGGUGGGAGUUUCCAACCCGACCAGCGUCGGAGGGCGUCCGGGCAUUGUCGACCCGGCUCAGUACGCCCGUGCAGCACAGGCAAUCCGUCAGAGCUGCGACGUUCUGCGGGGUCAGGCCUCUUCGCAGCCGCAGGUCCUGUCAGCGGCGACCGUCAUCGCCAAGCACACGUCUGCGCUUUGCAAUGCUUGUCGCAAUGCAAGCUCCACCACAACGAACCCGGUCGCCAAGCGGCACUUUGUCCAGGCUGCCAAGGAGGUGGCCAACUCGACCGCUGCGCUGGUGCGUGAAAUUAAGGCCCUCGAUCAGGACUACAGUCCGGCAUCGCGGCAACGCUGUGCCGCUGCGACGGAACCACUGCUUGAGGCGGUUUCUUCGCUCUGUCACUUUGCCUCCUCGCCCGAGUUCAUCUCGAUUCCGGCCCGCAUCUCGACCGAGGGUCGCAAGGCACAGGAACCGAUCCUGACGGCCGGGCGUGGCAUACUCGACGGUGCAGUUGAUAUGGUUCGCACGGCAAAGGUGCUCGCGCUGACACCGACGGACCCGCCGGUAUGGCAGCAGCUCGCAACCCACAGCCGCAACGUGUCGGAAAGCAUUAAGCAGCUGGCGUCGAGCAUUCGCGAGAAGGCCCCUGGCCAGAUGCAGUGCGACCAGGUGCUGGAGGUGCUGAAGGAUUGCUCUCGGGAGCUCAACUCAGCCGCUCUAGCGGUCGGUGUUGAUGGUUUGCCGCAGCGCAAGGACAGCAAUCUGCAGGGCUUCACCAACCAAUCGCUCAAUGCGGCGUCCGAGCUGAUCGAUCGUCUGGAGCCGGUGAAAUCGUCCGCAAAGAAGAAUGCCGAAAGUCUGGGCCACGCUGUGAAUCAGAUCGCGAAGCACAUUGUGCCGCUGACGAAUGGUGUGAUCGGAGCAUGCUCGCAGCUCGUCCACUCCGGCCAGCAAACGGUGCUGAUCAACCAGGUCAAAUCGGUUGUUGAGUGUUGCGCACAGCUUGUACAAACUGCUAAGCAGGCUGGCGGUAACCCACGUGCCGCUCAUUUCCAUCCGGAGCUUGAUGAAGCGGUUGAAUCGACGCGGGAAGCGAUCCAAGAGCUGAACGCAACCGUCGAGCGUCUUUCCACGGAGAACGGUGUGGUGACGGGUUUGAUGGAGCAAAUUUCCCGCUCGAUGUCUCGCAUCUCCGACAAGCGCCAAUCGUUCCUGGGAGCGUCGCUGAAUGAUACGUACGUCGACUACCAGACGCGCAUGGUACAGAGCGCGAAGGAGAUUGCGCGCUACGCGAACGAGAUCAACGCCAAGGCCGCCAUCGAUCCGUCCAAACUGGCCCAGCUGUGCGUGGAGAUGACGCAUCAUUACACGCAGCUGGCACAGGACUCGAUUGGUGCGUCCGCGCUUACCACUUCACCGGAUGUGGCGAUUCGCAUCCGCAAUACGGUGCAGGAUCUCGGCCGCUCGGUCAACGUGUUGAUCCAAUCGACGACCGGUAUCCGGAAGGACGAUAGCAGCGGCUUGGUGGAGAUAUCUCGCGGCGCUCGUGACGUGUCGGAGAAGGUGGCCCAGGUACUGGCCGCCCUUCAGGCCGGUUCGCGCGGAACGCAGGCGUGCAUUAACGCUUCCAGCACGGUGUCCGCCAUCAUCAGCGAUCUCGACACGACGAUCAUGUUCGCCACCGCCGGUACGCUGCAGUCGAGCGACGAGGAUGGCAAAUUCUCCGACCAUCGCGAACACAUCCUCAAGACAGCGAAGGCGCUGGUGGAGGACACCAAGAUCCUGGUGGCCGGUGCUGCCGGCACGCAGGAUCAGCUAGCAGCAGCCGCCCAGAACGCGGUGACGACGAUUUUGCAAUUGGCCGACGCAGUCAAGCAUGGGGCCGCCUCGCUCGGUUCCGGUCAGCCCGACUCGCAAGUGAUGGUCAUAAACGCGGUCAAAGACGUCGCCGCAGCACUCGGUGAGCUUAUAAACGCUACUAAACUCGCCUCCGGCAAGCCCAUUAACGAUCCAGCUAUGAAUGAUUUGAAAGAUAGCGCUAAGGUUAUGGUGAUGAAUGUCACCUCGCUGCUUAAGACGGUGAAGGCCGUCGAGGACGAACACACGCGCGGCACGCGCGCCAUGGAAGCCACGGUGGACGCCAUCUCGCAGGAGCUACGAUCGAUGCAGUUCGCGCCGGAGAUGAUGCGCUCGAGCAUGCAGCAACUGUCCCGCCCGGAGGAUCUGAUCAGCGUCACCAAGCAUGUGACGGCGGCCACGGCCAAGGCCGUCGCGGCCGGCGCCUCCAACCUGCAGGCCGACAUUGCAGCGGCCGCUAACCUGGGCCGCAAGACCAUCUCCGAUAUGCUGAGCGUGUGCAAGUCCGUUGCGUGGUCGUGUGCGGAAACGCAAGACCUGCGGCAGCGUACACUGGACGCCGGUUCGGCUGUCGCGAUUGCGUACCGCGAUCUGCUCGAGGGUAUACUAAGCCACUGCACGGCUGACGAGCGGAUGCAGCUGUCCCGGCGCGUCGCGAUGUGUGUGACGGAUCUGGUCGGCAUGGCGCAGCUGCUGAAGGGUUCCGAUUGGGUCGAUCCCGACGAUCCGACGGUGAUUGCCGAGAACGAGCUGCUCGGUGCGGCCGCAUCGAUCGAGGCUGCCGCGAAGAAGCUGGCCAACCUGCGCCCCCGUCGACAGGAAGUGAAGGAAGCGGAUGAGAAUCUAAACUUCGACGAAAUGAUUCUGGAAGCGGCCAAGAGCAUCAUGGCGGCAUCGUCCUCGCUCGUGCGUGCGGCCAACGCUGCCCAGCGUGAGCUGAUCGAUCAAGGCAAGGUGGCCAAACGGCCCCUCACCUCCUCGGACGAUGGCCAGUGGUCGGAGGGGCUGAUUUCAGCGGCCCGGCUCGUAGCGGCCGCCACCCACAGCCUCGUCGAAGCGGCCCAGAACCUGGUGCAGGGUGUCGGGACCGAGGAGAUGCUCAUUUCCUCCGCGAAACAGGUGGCCAGCUCUACGGCCCAGCUGCUGAUCGCGUGCAAGGUCAAAUCGGACCCCAACUCCGAAACGGGGCGGCGGCUGCAAGCGGCCGGCAAUGCCGUCAUCAAGUCGACGGACAAGCUGGUGCAAGCCGCCCAGCAGGCAAUCGAGGGCGAGGAGGAACACACGCUGCGCCUGAACCGCAACAUGGUGGACGGUAUGGCACAGGAGAUCAAUGCACGUUCGGAAAUUUUGAUGCGCGAACGGCAGCUGGAGGAGGCAAAGAACAAGCUGAUCGCUAUUCGGCACGCAAAGUACCGGCAGAAGCUGGGCGGUGGCUUUACCACGGACGAGAGUGACGAGGGCGGUGUGGCACCGCCUCCGUUCGCGGGAUACAGUCAACCGACGUCCCCGAAACCGCCCCAAACCCUGCCCAAACCGGGCACCUAUUCGCCGGGCUCGCUGGGCGCUUCGCCGGCGCAGGGCGCUAGUACGAUGCCACGGCUAGGGCAGCACUCACCCGCCAGUCCCAGCUUCCAGCGGCCUGGCUCGGGCAAUCAACUGCUCACUGCCAAUGCCGUCCCGAAACCGUACCAGUCGGAUGCGCUCAAGUCGCCGUCCGCGUUGGUGUCACCGUCGAUGCUUAACCGGACGUACGAUACGACGCGGGUGGAGAACACGAACCUGAGCGCGUCCAAAUUCAACCGCACGCAGUUCGACGCGGCCGUACAGGACCUGCAGAACAAGGUGCAGCCGCUCAGUACGUUCCGAUCGUCGCCGACGCAUACGAAUGGAGCUGUUGCCGGAAGCUCGCCCGCGCCACAAACAUAUGAAGGAUUCACAACCAGAUACGAAACCCGUGUCUUCCAGAAUGCCAAUAACACUAAUCCCCAAAGCCCAAACCCGCUAACCACUGUGGAGCAGAAGUUUGCUAAACUUAACCUAGACAAUCACGACAUGCAACAGCAGCAACAGCAGCAGCAACAGCAGCAACAACAACAGCAACGCUAUCAGCAGCAAUCACAGUCACUAAGCCAAGGUUACUUUAACAAUAGUGCGACCACUUCGCCGGCCAAACCUGCCAGUAGCACUAGCAGCUUUGCCGCCAGUAGUAGUCCCGCCGCAAACGUCACUAACGCCUUGACUAGCUCACCGCAACAGCAACAGUUCCAUCAGCAGCAGCACCAGCAGCAGCAGCAACAACAACACUUCCUUCGCACCACCACCACUUCCACUACCUCCAGCACCAACAACAACAACAACCACACAUCCGUGCCUUCCGUACCGACGAUUAAAAAUGGUAACGUUAGUCUCUUUGACAGUGGCGCACACGAUGCAGCCACCACCACGCUAAGGUCGGUGCAGGGCGGCGGCAGCAAGCUGAUGACGACGGAGGAGCAGUACCAGCAGCACCAGCAGGUUAUCCACACCAAAAAGGUCCACAUGUCCUCCACCACCUCCUCCUCCUCCUCGACGACGCUGAAGUCCGGUAGCGCGGGCGGAGCCGUGACAGAAUGGAAGUAGCCGUGCCGUCGCAUGGGUGUGUUCGUCCAGGAAUAUUUCGAGUAGUACCGCUUCAAUGCGAAUAGCUUAGUAUUCUUACUUAUUUUCAUCAAGAUAUCGUGCCUCUAACAUCGAAGUGUGCCACGCGGGACACGCUGACUUUGUUGUUGACUUUUAACUGUUUUUUUUACUAGUGUGUAGUACGUGUAUAAGUAGGCAUAGACGACGCAAACCCGCACCACGCAAACGCGUGCUGUGAGUGUUGCGUGUGGGCGUGUGCGCGCUUGUUUUGUGUAGAAAAGAAACAAACAAACAAAAACAUUGUGUAAUAUUUCCUCCCCGAUACAGCUAUUCAUUAACGCCACUAAGUGCCACGUGUGUUUAAUAUUAUUUUGUAGUAGCAGUUGCGUGUGAAACAAGCAGAAAAGCUUUGCAGAAUCGAGAAGCAAACACAAACAAACAAGAAAACUAGUUCAUAACAGAGAGGUUAAUAUAUUCGGAAAAAUGCAAGUAUAUUAGAGUAAUGUGUAACACACUAACGCGCACGUUUUUGACACAGUUAGUAUUGCAGUCAGAUUUAGGGACGAAAAGAGAGAUGGAAUAGGUGUUUUAUUAGCCAACAAAUUUUGAACGCGUGUGUGUGCAAAAUUCACUAAUGUGCCUCGAUUGUACUCACGAUUUGCCUUCCACUGGGGACUGUCGAAUAUGCCGGAUGAGUGAAAAUACACACGUUUGUGUGCGUUUCUUUGCUACACAUCCGUGCAAUUUCAAUAGCCAGUAUAUAGAUGCGCCUUUCCCAUUUUGUGCCGAACGCAUAACAAAUUUAAACUACUUAAUAUGCCAACGAUUGCCAAAACAACAAAAUUAAGAGAGCCGAAAGCAGCCUUGAAAAAAGCGAGUUGCACGUGUGUUUUUCGAAGAUAAUAUCGUAAGUGCCAUUUUUUGUAACAACUUCAACUUACAACUAUUAUUACAACAACUACUAGUACUACUACUACUAUUUCUACUGCUAUAUGUUACUAGACACGUGGUUCUUCUUAAUGCGAGGUAAACUUAAUACGAUUUAGUCGAACGAUACACGAUACGAGUUGAGUUGAGUUUAGCCUCACUCUCGAAACACUUAAACAAAAAGGACACAUGGUUAUACUAAUAUAGGUCAAGAAGAAGAAGAAGAAGCACCGCCGUCAGGAAGGGGUAGGGAAGGGAUUGAAACAGUCUCCCGAUCCUUGACCGAGAGACCGUGGAAAUGUUUUAUUUUCUGUACGUGUGCGUGUAUGUGUGAGUGUGUGUGAGUGUGCUGUACAACAAAAGCCAGCCAAUCUUUUUAGUAAGACAGACCGCCAAACAUAAUGUUAGUGUGUUUGGUUUUGGCUUGCUUUUAAGGUGUUUUUUGUUUUGUUUUGCGUCUGGUAAAGGAGAACUUACUUAACAAAUCUAAAACGAAAUGUGCUUCGAAAAUAGUCAACUUUUUUUAGUAUUAGUGUGUACUUUUACCGGUACUCUCAAUUAGCAGCGAUUUCAAUGCGGUUGGGCCCGUGUUUUAAUAAUUCUAACGCAAAAAAAGAAUAGCGCGUUAAAACCCGUUUAAGGAAUGUUUGUUUUUAGUUUAACUGAGCAAAACAUGUUUUGUUUUUGUGCAUUGUAACGAUUAAUUAAUUACCUUUCCACACACAUCCGGUUUUAUGAGCUAAUUUUUUGAGGUUAGACACGAAACAUUUCGCAAAUAAAGAACCAUGAAAGAAAAUUAAAUUUAACACCCAAA